AUGGCAGCACUCACCGAUGAUGCUGACUACGACGUCGGCGAGACGUUUGAGAAGGUACCAAGUCCACUGUCUGAUCCUGAGAAUUAUGAUAACUACUAUGGCAGGGGA